CUCACAUUAUAGCGUUUUUCCCCUUUAAUUAAAAUAAAUAUUUCCUUGAUAGUGGAGCAGCAUACAACAACACCAUGAAAUCCACGAGGGAUGUGAAUCUGGACGCGUACACUCUAUCACUGGUGACGGCGAAAGAGGAUGUACUGAACCCGCGGUCCUCCACCAACUGGGCCCUGUUUGCCUAUGAUGGUGUGACAAACCGACUCAGAUUGUCAGAUUCUGGUGUGGGUGGUGUAUUAGAGCUGGCCUCUAAACUCCACCCUAGGCGGCCUCUCUAUGGACUCUGCAGGGUGGAGCAACCAGGCCCCGCCCUGUCCCACAUUGUCAUGAUUAUCUGGGUGGGAGAAGGAGUGGAUGACUAUCGCAGAGCUGAAUGUGCAACUCAUGUACCUGCUAUCAGAGCUUUCUUUAAGGAAGUGCACAUAUUUCUUCCUGCCCGUUCCCUGGAAGAGGUUACGGAAGAGAGGAUUUGUAUGGUGGCCUGUAAGGUCACACGACUGAUGGACAAUGUUAGAGCAAGACCACCUAUUUCUCGACAGGAUGCCGGAGAGGAGCUUGUGGGCACUAACUACAAGAGGACCAUCGCUUCAGCAGAGAUCCUCCAGACCCACAGAGAGAGGUUCUGGGCACAAGCAGAGAGAGAGGAAGAGGAGAGGAAAGAGGAAGAGCGCAGAAGGGCCGUAGAGGACAGGAGACAGAGAGAGCGAGCGAGACUGGAGCAAGAACGGAGGGAGGCAGAACGGAGGGAGAAAAGAAUGAAAGAACAAGAGAAGAAGAUCCAGGAGCAGAGGAGAUUACAGGCACAGGCAGAAGCAGAGAGAUACAAACGGGAGCAACUGAAAUGGGCCCAGCAACAGAGGGAGUAUGAGCAGGAAGCGAUGAGAGCUCGCCAUACACACUCUGAAUCUGUAGAGAAAGCAUCUGAGGCAGCAGCACUGGCGUCUCAGCGUAGAAGCAACCCCAGAGAGUUCUUCAGACAACUGUCGCAGUCCUCAGCUGCUGCAGCCAACCCCAAAUCUCCCCCCGUCAGCCCACUCACAGCCAGGGGUUCCUACAGGAAGUCCCACAGUAGUCUGACAGAUGCCUUCCUUUUCAACAUGUCAGCCUCUGCCACCACCACCUCCCCUUGCCGUCAAAAAGUGGUUUCUCCCUUCUUCCCGUCAGCUCCACCCCCCUGGAGUCAUACAGUGGUCCUUCCCAACAUGCCAACUGAAUUAUCUCCUUCACCAUCAGUAGAUUCCCCUGUCUUAACUCCGUUUACCUCUCUCCAAAGUCCAACAAGAAGAUCUCCCACCCUUCGAGCACCUCCACCCCCCUGCAGUCAGACAGUGGUAUCUGCCAAUAUCCAGAUUCCUAAGGGUGACUCUCAUCUCCGUCAGUCGUCAUCAUCAGCCGUCCAUCAACAGCCAGAGAGAUCUACAGCUGCUCCCACCUUAGACGUAUCUCCAUCUCCUACCUCCAUUCAUACACAACUCUCUUUAACAGCAGUAGUGGAAAGCCUAACCUUUUACCCACCCUUACCCCAGCCUACUGCAUAUUUCGAAAUGGACAUUCACUGCUCGGACCAAUCAGAGCAUGAAAUACUGCCACGUCCACACCCCCCUACUGCCCCACAUGUCCCUCUGAGCCCUGGUCACCAUCCAGGUCCACCUCCGCCCAUUCCCCAACCUGACAGACAGACAUCCAGACCUCAAGCCCACAUUAAUAUCAGGCCGCUUUCCUCAAUCUCACCUUCAUGGAGCCUGUCUACAGUGUCUCCCACGUCCACAGAUGGCCACACCUCCAAAGAUGGACAAACCUCCACAGAUGGCUGCAGCUCCAAAGAUGGACAAACCUCCAAAGAUGGCUGCAGCUCCAAAGAUGGACAAACCUCCACAGUAGGCCACACCUCCACCGAUGGCCACACCUGCCUGCCCACGAUGCCCUGUGCUCCACCUGUCCCCCAGGCUCCUUUGCGGCCCCUCCCAGCACUGUCGGCACCCUGCCAGACCCUGAGAGACCUGGAGCCAGUGAGAGAGCUCAGUGCUCAGGUCUCCAUCAUAUCCACCCUAGAGGAAGAUGAGGUAGGAGAGAGAGAGGAGGAGGAUGGGGAGGAUGAAGUGACAAGUGAAGAGGAGGCAGAGGGAGGAGUGAGAGAGGGGAAGGAUGGAGGGAUAACAGAAGAGAUAGAGACAGAAAGGAGAGAAAAUGAAGUGGAGGAGGUCAAGAGCAAGGAGGUGGGAGAGAGAGAUGAAAGGGGUGGAGAGAGAGAUGAGGAAGAAAGAUGGAGAAAAGAGGGAGUCCUGGACCCAUGGGUCACUGCUCAGACCUCUGUUACAUCUGCUUUAGAGGAAGAGGAGGAUGCUGAAGAUAAGAGGAAAGAGGAAGCAACAGAUGAGAAAAGAGGAGAGGAAAAUGAAGCGGACAAGCAGAGGGAUGAAGAGGCGGUAGAGAGAGAGCGAAAGAUGGAUAAUAAAGUGGAGGAGGUUGAGCGCAAGGAGGUAGGAGAGAGGGAUGAAGGCACAGGCGAGGAAGUAGAAAAAGGAGAAGUAAAAGAAGAAAAAAGACAGGAAGCAACAGAAAAGACGAACAGAGAGGUGGGAGAGUAUGAUCAGCAUGGGCCAGGUAGCAAGAGUGAGACAGAAACAGAAGGAGAUUUAGACACACAGGUAGGGGAAAGGGAGGACAUGGGCAAGAACAUGAAAAGCGGUGAUCAAGAGAGGAUCCGGAGAGAGGAGGACGGGCCUGACAAAUGGCCUUCAAAGAAGGGAAAGCAGGACGAAGGCAGGCUAGGAGGUGUGUGCAGGGAGUCUGAGCUGGGAGGGGAGGUGAUGGGGCGGAAGAAGAGCAAGAGUGAGGCUGCUGGAAUGGGGAAAAUGAGCGUCGAGAUGAAGAAAGCCAAGCUCAGUGAGCAAAAGAGCGAGACGGGUGUGGAUGAAGACAGACAGGCAGAGGAAGGGGAAGAGGCGGACGACGGGAUGGGAGACCACCGUGGGAGGGGCAGGGAAGAACAGAAGAGGCGCAGAAACAUGGAGAGAGAAGCAGAAAGCCAUGGAAUGUCAGAACCAGAACUCAACGGAGACGAGAACAGAGCAGAGCCAGAUAUUAAGCAGGAGGUUCUGACCACACAGCAACAGAGGGACGGAGCAAAGCCCAGUGAGUAUAGUGGUGAUGACCGACUGGAACAGAGUGAAUCUGGACAGCAGGAUGGCCAGCUUAGACCACCUGGAGGGGAAGACUGGAUGAGGAACGUGUCAGAAGAGAGAAAGGAGACUGAAGAAGUUUGGGCUUUGGAGGCAGAGCUGUGCAGAGUCUGUCCUGGCACGAUUUUGCAGUCAUACACCAGUCCUGACAGUCUUCCAGAUAUCCAAGCAUCACCUGACACUGGCUCAGACACAUCCGAUGCUCUGUCUUGUCAAGGAUGUGGAAUUUGGACUUGUGAUUCUAAUGACCAAUCCACCCCAUCUGGAGGUUGUAAUGAAAAUGCAAAAACAUCAAACAUGGAUUACGAUUCAACUCAUUUAAGUCCAGAUUUCCACAAUACUUUACCUACCAAAGAGGUAGAGUCCGAGCUAUCCAUUUCACGUCACCCAGAACAGUCCCUGCCUGGAGACUUUACAGAAAACAUGGCUGAAGCUAUUUUGGAAACUUCCAUCGAUCCAUCAAUUGCUAUCUCAGACAAGGAAAAAUAUCCAGUAUGUUCCUCAAAUAGUAGCCUAGAUACUGCAGACACCAUCACUCCUAUGGGCUUAGGUGUACCUGCAGGGGAUGAAACCCAGGAGACAGCGUCUGAAACAGACCAGAUAAUGGACUACCUCAAAAAGGAGAGAGAAGAAAUAGAGGUGGAAGAACGUGAAUGGGCAGAGGAUGAGAGUGACUCAAAGGAGCUCGAAUGCGAACCAGCGGAGUGGUAUACUGCUGAGCUCAAACCUCACCCCUCUUGUGCAUCUGAGAACAGGAAUGGAACAUCACCAGAAGAGGAGGACCUUGAAGCUGUCAAUCACAUUCCAGAAAACACAGAUCGUGUAAUAACCACUGCUUCAGCACAGCACACGCCCAGGCCAGAGCUGGACCAAGCUGAAGAGGCAAGUGACUUGGAAACCUUUACAGCACCAAACAAUGAGAUGUCCAGUAAUGAGGAAGGGCAGGAACAUACAGGGGUGGGAACCCCUGACAGCAUAGAAGAAGCCACAGUACAUGCAUCACUUCUGUCAGCCAGUGAUAUGAACGUUAAUGUGACAGACUGACUAUCAGAGAUGCAGCCAAUGAUGAUUCAGUGGUUCACACCAAUCAAUGAGGCUAGAGAUGAGAAUGGAAUACAAUUAUCAGGGCCCAAGCAUUAAAUUUGAGUAAACCUAUAACAUAGGUGAUACUAUACUACUGCUAAGAGCCUCCAUUGUUUAACAUGUGGUAGACAGACAUAUUCUCACCACCUUCUAUUGUAAUGGUAACACUUAAAAAUGUAUGAGCUUAUCAGUAUUAUUCAGUGCACUCACACCGAACAUAAGACACACACAAUGAAUGUGGACAUGAGACAUACAA